GAUUAGAAACUAAUAUAAUAAAUAUUUAUUUAGAAAUGAUGUCAUCUGUUUCGUUCUGAGUUCAUUAAUUUGAUGAUUUUACUUUUUGUGGAGAUGUUUAUUUUAUUUCGUAUUAAUGUUGUGUCCUUGUAUCAUUACAAUUCCGAAAUUUUAUAAAUUUACAAGCGUUAUUGGGUUCGGUUUUAAUGGUUUGAAUCAACAUAUUGUUAUAGUCAGAAUAGAUUGAUAUGAUUAUAAUCAUACUGAUAAAGGAUAUCUGUUAUCAGAAAUAUUUAUAGAUAAUACUAUUUAGUGUUUUCUUUUUAAUAUUGGUGUUAGUUUGUUCACUGUUUAGGCGUUUAUAUGUAGAAAUUUAAACCAGAUUAGAACAUGACAGCCCAUCCAGCGAAAUUUAAGGUUGUGAUAUAAUGCGGAUAUACCACAAUGAGUAUUAAGGAUAAACUCACAUUAGAUUAUAAUUGCUAUUUUGCCUGUAGUUCUAUAUUGUUUCAGUGUUUUAUAAUAUGUUUGUUGAGGGAAGUACAAGACACGACACCAUAUAGAAGACUUGAAAAGUCAUUACGUUUGUUUGGAAUAUUGCCAACAUCUAAAGGCAACCCUUCAGAAAAACAAACUUUGGUGCAGUCAAAGUUUGACGAAAGAGUGGAUUUUGUUCACGGAGAUGUAUCAUUGAUGAAAUUUGGUAUGACGGAUGAAACAUAUUAUCAGCAAUCAACUAAUAUAGAUUUCAUCAUACAUGCCGCAGCUUAUGUAAACAGAGUCCAACCAUAUCCGGCUUUUGUAGCGCCAAAUGUGACUGGAACAGAAAAUGUUGUGAUGUUCUCUUGUACUGGUAAAAUAAAGCCCGUACAUUAUAUCAGUACUGAUGCAGUCUUCCCUAAUGGUAAGCUAAAUUGCUCCGAAGAUGAGAACAUAGAGCACUUUGAUCAAGAGCUAACUGAUGGAUACUCAAAAUCUAAGUGGGUAGCAGAACAAUUGAUCCGUAUAGCAGGAAUGAAAGCGAUCCCUUUCGUUAUUUAUAGAUUAGGUAAUAUGUCUGGUGACAGGGAACAGGGAAUCUGGAAUGAUCAAAAUGAUACUUUCUUAGUGCUUCAAGUAUGUGCUAAAUAUCAAAUUGCACCCGAUGUUGACUGGAAAAUGGAAAUGACCCCUGUAGACUUAGUGGCUGAUUUUAUUGUUCGCUGUACAUAUAACCUGUCUACUACUCUCGGGAAGACUUACCACAUUAUCAAUGACCAACCUUUACAUUCAAGGUUUGUGUUCGAUUGGAUGAAUAAACAUGGAUAUCCCUUACAGAUAAUACCUAUCGAAGACUGGAAAAAAAGAACUUUAGAAAAGCUUAAAGGAGAAAAGAAUCACGGACAUACGGAAUCCAAUUUGCAAAGUCUGUUAGAGUUAAAUCAGAAUGAUAGUUUCUGUUCCAAUUUGAAUACCUACAAGACUGACAAUUUCAAACAGGCAUUAACAGAUUUCAAAUUAUCAUAUCCAUACACUGAUAGCAUGUUACUACACAAAUAUUUCGAAUGGUUAUACCAGCAUAGAGACAUUGUUCCUAAAGUACACAAGACUCAAAUCUCAGACACAAGCCAAACCUGAUUUGACGUCAUUUUAUACGAUUCUAGAAGCAAGUGACAUUGUCAAUGUUGUACUCUAUGCUGUCGAGCAACCAAAUUAUAUGGGUGUUAAUGAAGUAUUGGUAGAAUCAUGAAAGAAAACUACUUUUGAAGGGCAAUAUUCAUAAACUCAGAUUUUGACUAUGAUCUUGUUUUGUAUUCUUGUCUUUAAUCUUGCUUAUGCACUUUGUGAAUAAUUAGUGAUUUUGUAAAAUCACUAACAGUUUCAGUGAUUUUAUAAAAUCCCUGAAAUUUUCAGGGAUUUUAUCUGAUUGCAAAUUUAAACUUGAUAUUGAAAAUUUAUGUUUCCUAAUACAAAUAAACCAAUGAUUAUGAAAUAUAUUUUUUUUUAAAUAAUAAUAGUUAAAACGUACAGUGAUUUUGAAUAAAAGGCAUAUAUGAACUGAUAUUAAGACUAUACUUUACUAAUUUGUCCAUGAUAAGUUUGGGUGACAUCUGUUACAUAGUUGCCCUGCUUUCGACAGAAACACAUAUUUUUUUCACGUCUAUUCAUUCCAGAACAUCCGCAUUUAAAACAAACGUGUGCAUCACAAAUGGAACGAGAAUUAACUGCUUGUUGAAACGGUAUGAAAUUGUCAGUAAAUACAGCUGACAGACUCAAUUUCUUGUGUAUGACCCAAACAAAACGCCAUGUUUGCAUGGUAACAAGACUAUGUAGUACAUGUCUUCAAGACAUACAUAAUAUUUGAUAUCUUCAUCUGAUGAAUACCGUUUUUUUUUACAAUUUUGUUCACAUCUCCACAUUAAAGAAAUUCAUACCUACAGGAUUUUAUCUAUAAUCAAAUUUUCAUGUCACAAUAAGAUACUCUCGUCCUGAUAUGCAUGUAAAAUUUGCUACUGGAUUACAUGGCCUUAACCAAUCAACACUCUUUCCAUGUGUGUUUUUCUGUUUUCAUAAAUACAAUCACUCCAGUUAUAUAUGAUUACAAAAUUUGAUAAUUCGUUUAUACUUUUCAGUAUUUACAGAAUCACUAUAUAAUUAACUUUAACUUAGUUUCGAACAAGGAAAUAAGAGCUUAUUUUGUUUUCUUUCUGUGUCUUUUUUAUCAAUAAUUUUAGAAAUUUUUAAUACUUUGCCGGUUCCAUAUGUUAAAUUCUAAUUUUCCCUCCAUAUUUAGUAUUAAUAUUAAAGGCUAAAUUAACCUCAAACUUGUAGAGUGUAACUGCUGUUUACUUAAAAAAAAAUAUUCAAAAAACAACUUUUUUUUACAAAUUCCCUUUAAUAAAUUUAAUCAGGGAAUUUGUAAAAAAAGAUCUUAAAUAUUUCAGUGAUUUUGUAAAAUCCCUAGUCAAAAUCAUGGAUUUUAUAAAAUCACUGAUCAGUUCAGUGAUUAUACAAAAUCCCUGGUUUUACAAAAUCCCUGAUUUUACAAAAUCCCUGAUUUUACAAAUUCACCGUAACAUAUAUAUGCCAUUUUGUUUUUUUCUUUGUUGAACUAGUUUUUUUUUUAAUAGUGAUUACGAUUAUAACCUAUAGUGUAUACAGAAUAAAAUGUGGAGGUCAAAUUUUUGUUUGCUGAUAAAUACAUAUAAAUGUAUACUGCAGAAUUUACAACAAGUUAUAAGAUUUUGCAAGCCUUGGCAAUUCCAGCUUUUAUAUUAAUCAUUAUUGAAUAUUUCAUAAAAUUUUUAAGUGUUUUGUUUUUUAAAGACUUCAAUAGAUAGCAUAGAUGUUUUUUUUUCAAAAGGUGCAUUCAAACAAAUUAUGGUCUCUGAUUUUAAAAUUAUUGAUCUAGUAAUCGCUUUGUUAACUUUAACGGGUUAUUAUUUUUUUUCAAUAGUAGCACAUUAACCUCCUUUUAAAUGCAAUAUGGUUAUAACAUAUAUAUUUUUAUUUUUUACCAUAUUUUUUUAGUAUAUUUUAUAGUAAUGUUUUAGUUGUUGAUUUAUUGUUAUUAGAAUUUGACAAUUGUAUCCCCUUAUUAUAGAUUAAAAUAAAGACAAUUUGAAAGUCCUUGUUUUAUAUUGUACCAUGUCUUAUUUCAUAAGUCUAUUUUGUACUUAUAACAUACUAUAUGCUUAUAUGACAUAUAUAUUUUUAUUUUUUACCAUA